UCAUUGGGAUCAGGGGAAGAGCAUUAAAAAGGCAGAGGGAGAAAGAGAAAGAGAAGGCAAAGGAGCAAAGGCAAUAGAGAAGCAAAGCGACCAAGUCCAGCUCAACCAUCUACAGCCAUGCAAGCGCAGAAGAUGAGGGGUGCUUGGGGCAGGCUUUGCCUGCUUCUUUCCCUCCUCCUCCAGCUGCCGGGCUCCCAGGCCAAAUGCUACUUCCAGGCUAAAGCUCCCUGUGAGUACGAAGGGAAACAGUUCUCCCUUGGGGAAUCGUGGCUGAGCACCAACUGCCUGCUCUGCACCUGCCUGCACCCCAUUGGCGUGGGCUGCUGUGAGACCACCCAGCAUCCGAUCGACUUCCCUGACUGGUGCGAGGCCCACUACGACUCACAGACCUGCCAGAUCUCGGUGGUGCAGAAGGCCAACCCCAGCCUGCCGUGCGUGAAGAGCGUGGAGCACGAGUGGGGCUCGGCCAGCACCCCUGAGCCGCUGGUGAACAAGGUGCUGGGUGCGGGGCUCAGCAGAUAGAGAGAGUCUCGGCAGCGCCCGCGCCCCUCGGCGCCGCUCUCCCCCCUCCAGAGCACACUGCCCGCAUGCUCCAGACCUGCCCACCCACCCUGUAGAGGCAUCACCGCCCGCACCUUCGAAGGAAACCACUAUCCACACACCACGGCACCAAGCCUUGCUUCUGCCUCCAGCUUCCUGAACCAGUGCGCCUUCCCCGUGAGGUGUUCUGCACAUCGUGGGAAUGCAGAUUCUACAGGAUCUCCUCCAGGUGGGCAGAAAUCCUUCAGAGACUAAAAAAAGGCUACAAAGCAGCCUGCUCCAUGGCAGUCCUGCAUUCCGAUAUCGAGCCCCAAGCAAAGCAGCUCCCUACUCCCUCCCAGACCUGUACUCCUCUGCACAGCAGCCGUGGGCAGCUCGCUGGGGUCACCACGGCACCUCGUGCAGGAUUCCCACACCCUGUCCAGCCCCUCCUCUGCUCCCGGAGUGCAAGGGGCACAACCCACCUCUGGAACCACUAAUGCCCCUGCUCCAAAAGCCCCUGGGGUCCCUGGCACUGUAGGCCAGCCCUGGGCAACACCGCAACAGAGCCAGCCCAGGGUAGGUGGCAGAACAGGAUGUCCCCAGGGGAGAGCCCCAUCCCCACUGGCAAGGGAGCAGGGUGGGGAGGGUUCAGGAAGCAGAAGCAAUCCAAGUGCCAGGGUGGAGGCAGCCACCCUGGCAGCUGCCCCAGCUGGUGCCAUGCCUGUGUUGUGCAGAGCCUUGUGUAGAUGUUUCUGUUCUUGCAAUAAAGAUACUGAACAAAGAGGU